UGCUUCAUUCCGAAUAGAGAUGAUAGACAUGCUCCACCAACAAAACGUGCAAAAAAGAAAGAAGAAGAAGAAGAAGAUGAAGAAGACUUAAACGAUUCAAAUUAUGAUGAAUUUUCUGGAUAUGGAGGCUCUCUUUUUAGUAAGGAUCCUUAUGACAAAGAUGAUGAAGAAGCAGAUGCAAUUUAUGAAGCUAUUGACAAACGGAUGGAUGAAAAACGUAAGGAAUACAGAGAAAAGCGUCUCAGGGAGGAAUUAGAACGCUAUCGCCAAGAACGUCCUAAGAUUCAACAACAAUUCUCAGAUCUAAAAAGAGAGUUGGUUAAUGUAACUGAAGAUGAGUGGAGAAAUGUUCCCGAAGUAGGGGAUGCUAGAAAUCGUAAACAACGUAAUCCUAGAGCAGAAAAGUUUACCCCAUUGCCAGAUUCUGUAUUAGCAAGAAAUUUAGGAGGUGAAACAUCGACCAGCAUUGAUCCAUCUAGUGGUCUAGCCUCCAUGAUGCCAGGUGUGGCAACACCUGGCAUGCUCACUCCCACUGGAGAUCUUGAUCUUAGAAAAAUUGGACAGGCUCGAAAUACAUUGAUGAACGUUAAACUAAAUCAAGUUUCUGAUUCUGUAGAAGGUCAAACUGUAGUCGAUCCAAAAGGAUAUCUUACAGAUUUACAAAGUAUGAUACCUACUUAUGGUGGUGAUAUAAACGAUAUAAAAAAAGCGAGGUUAUUGUUGAAAUCCGUUAGAGAGACUAAUCCCAAUCAUCCACCUGCAUGGAUCGCAUCUGCGCGUUUAGAAGAGGUGACAGGAAAAGUUCAAGCUGCAAGAAAUUUAAUAAUGAAAGGAUGUGAAGUAAAUCCUACCUCUGAGGAUCUAUGGUUGGAAGCUGCAAGAUUACAACCACCGGACACAGCAAAAGCAGUGAUAGCACAAUCGGUGCGACACAUUCCGACAUCUGUCAGAAUUUGGAUAAAAGCCGCAGACUUAGAAAUAGAAGUAAAAGCAAAGCGAAGAGUAUAUCGAAAAGCUCUUGAACAUAUUCCAAACUCUGUGCGAUUAUGGAAAGCAGCCGUUGAGUUAGAGGAACCUGAGGACGCACGUAUUUUACUCAGUCGUGCAGUUGAAUGUUGUCCAACCAGUGUGGAUUUAUGGCUUGCUCUUGCUAGAUUAGAAACAUAUGACAAUGCAAGAAAAGUUUUAAACAAAGCCAGAGAGAAUAUUCCGACUGAUAGACAAAUUUGGACUACUGCUGCGAAAUUGGAGGAGGCAAAUGGCAAUAAACACAUGGUUGAGAAGAUAAUCGAUCGUGCUAUAUCAUCAUUGAGCGCAAACGGGGUAGAAAUCAAUAGAGAACAUUGGUUUAAAGAAGCUAUGGAAGCUGAAAAAGCAGGAGCAGUACAUUGUUGCCAAGUUAUUAUUAAAGCCAUUAUCGGUUUUGGUGUAGAAGAAGAAGAUAGAAAACAUACAUGGAUGGAAGAUGCUGAAACUUGUGCCCAACAAGGAGCAUUAGAAUGUGCCAGAGCUGUUUAUGCAUAUGCCUUAACAACAUUUCCUAGUAAAAAAUCAAUUUGGUUACGCGCUGCUUAUUUCGAAAAGACAUAUGGCACGCGAGAAUCUCUGGAAACUUUGUUACAGAGAGCAGUCGCUCAUUGUCCCAAAAGUGAAGUUCUUUGGUUGAUGGGUGCUAAAUCAAAGUGGCUGGCUGGUGAUGUACCAGCGGCUAGAGGUAUUUUAUCUCUUGCAUUUCAAGCUAAUCCAAAUUCCGAAGAAAUUUGGUUGGCAGCAGUGAAACUUGAAUCUGAAAAUUCGGAAUAUGAGAGAGCGCGACGUUUAUUGGCAAAAGCUAGAGCAUCGGCUCCGACACCAAGAGUAAUGAUGAAAAGUGCUAAAUUGGAAUGGGCUCUUAAUAAUCUCGAUGCAGCAUUACUUCUAUUGAAGGAAGCUCUUGAAGCAUUUGAUGAUUUCCCUAAAUUGUGGCUAAUGAAAGGCCAAAUUGAAGAACAACAGGGUCACUUAGAUAAAGCAAUAGAGACGUAUAGUCAGGCGAUUAAAAAAUGUCCAAAUUCGAUACCUUUGUGGCGUCUGUUAGCGCAACUGGAGCAUAGAAGAAACCAAGUGACUAAAGCUCGUUCAGUUUUGGAGAAAGCCAGACUCAAGAAUCCUAAAAAUGCAGAACUAUGGCUAGAAGCUAUACGAAAUGAAUUGAAAAGUGACGGUUCACGAGAUAUGGCAAAUACAUUAAUGGCUAAGGCAUUACAAGAAUGUCCUACAUCCGGUCUACUCUGGGCAGAAGCAAUUUUCAUGGAACCUCGACCUCAACGAAAAACUAAAAGUGUUGAUGCUACCAAAAAAUGUGAACAUGAUCCACAUGUCCUCCUAGCAGUAUCAAAAUUAUUUUGGUGCGAACACAAAAUUUCAAAAUGCAGAGAUUGGUUCAAUAGGACAGUGAAGAUAGACCCAGAUUUAGGAGAUGCAUGGGCAUAUUUUUAUAAAUUCGAAUUACUAAAUGGUACAGAAGAACAGCAAGAAGAAGUAAAAAAGAGAUGUAUUGCCGCGGAACCGCAUCAUGGCGAAAAUUGGUGCAAAGUUUCUAAAAAUAUAGCAAAUUGGUGUUUGAGUACAGAUCAGAUUUUAAUAUUAGUUGCAAAAGAAUUACCUAUUCCUAUCUAAAAUAAUCAUAAUAGAAAUAAGAAUGCAAUUAUUAGAAAUUAACUAUUAAAUAAAUACUAUC